AAAACAGAUUAAGGCAAAGACGAGUAGCUUUUUCUCUUUGGAGUAGCCUCAUCAACUUGUGAAGGGUUACCCUUACCUUUCUUUUAUAUCUUCUCUUUCUUUCUGAUUAUAUCAGCGUCUUAGCUGUUUCUCGUCACUGUCACACUAUAAAUACCCAGCAAGAAAGAGAAUCUUGCAGUAGUAUUCUCUUGCCAUUUUCAAGAUCUUUCUUGUUUCUUGAUCGAGAAAAAAGAUGGGCGUUACAGUUAAUUAUAAGGAUAUAGAAAUAAUGCCAUUUGCAGUAAUGGUGAUAUUGGAAGGUUGCACAAUAGCACUGACCAUAUUGGCUAAGACAGCCAUGACUGGUGGAUUGAGUCCUUUUGUAUUUGUUGUGUACACAAAUGGGCUUGCCACUUUGAUUUUACUUCCUUAUUCCUUUUUAUAUCACAGGGAAAGGACAGAAAAAUCACUCUUCACAUUGCCUCUUUUGUUGAGAUUCUUCUUCUUGGGCUUGAUAGGGACUUGCAUAUCCCAGAAUCUUUUAUUUGUUGGUCUAAGCUACAGUUCCCCAAUAGUUGUAUGUGCAAUGGGCCUCUUGAUACCUGCUUUUUCCUUUAUCCUCGCCAUCUUUCUCAGAAGGAUCAAGCUAAACUGGAGAAGCUCAAGCUUCCAUUAUAAAGUGAUCGGCACGCUGAUAUCAAUCAUAGGAGCAGCAGUGGUAGAUUUUUACAAGGGUCCAUUCGUACAAGAAGCUUCAUCUUCUUCUUUUAAACUUAUGCAGAAACAGAAACUUUUUGUUUUUUACUCAACACCAGACCAUUGGGUUCUUGGUGGCUUAUUGCUUGCAGCUUCUUCUUUAUGUAUUUCAAUAUGGAACAUUAUCCAGAUGGGAACUGUCAAACAUUAUCCCCAAGUGAUGAAAAUAGCCGCUUUUUAUAGCUUAGCUGGGACUGUUCAAUGUGCAAUCUUCUCUUUUGUUAUGGAGAGAGACCUGAAAGCUUGGAAGCUAAAGCUUAAUAUGGAUCUACUUCUCAUUGUUUUGACAGCAAUCUUCAACAGUAUAGUUCGUAGCAAUGUUCAUAUCUUGUUUACACGCAUGAAGGGCCCAUUUUAUGUGCCCUUGUUUCAGCCCUUUAGGGUUUUCUGGGCAACCUAUUUCGGUGUUAGCUUCUUCGCAAAUAGCCUUCACUAUGGCAGUAUCAUAGGAACAGUAAUAUGUGGAAUAGGAUAUUAUACUGUAACCUGGGGAAACAUUAAAGAAGUUGAUGAAAAAUACAAAGAGAACGUUGAAAAAGUCAACUCUUCUGAAGCUAAGGUUCCUCUCCUCCAAGAAGAUGCACAAGUCUAGAAUCUUUCAAGGCAAUUAAUUAAAAUUCUUAAUUUGGAGAAAUCGGACGAGCAACAUUUUGUAAAUUUUUAUUUUUCCUGCAAGCUAGAAGCUGGAGACAGGUUUUUUCAACAAGUUCUGCAGCCAUGUUCAGCAUAUGUACAUAUUGUGUGAAUAAAUAUGUAAAAAUUAUAAAAAAAAAAAAAAAAAAAAAAAAAAAAAAAAAA